AUGGCAGAGGCGACCGGGGCCGUGGCGGAGGCGGCGGAGGCCGGGGCCGGGGCUGUGGCCGGAGCCGGGGCUGUGGCUGUGACUGUGGGUGUGGCCGGAGCCGGGGCUGUGGCCGAGGCCGGGGCCGGGGCCGAGGCCGAGGCGGAGAAGGCUGAGCCCAGUGGCGGAUCUCAAGGCGCUGAAGUUAAAACCCCGCAGCCCACGGGGAAAAUCCUCGCGGCCCCGCCGAGGCGGGACUUGGGCUCGGUGCUCAAAGUGUCCCAGCUGCUGCUCGGAGCCAUCGUCUCGCACACGGGGCUGACGGUGGCCACUCUCAGGAAGGAGCUGGGGAACGCCGGCUACCAGGUGCGCAGGAAGUGCCGGCGCCGCGCCGGCUCCGCGCGCAAGCCUGGCAUCAGGAGCACUCUCAUCAGGGUCAGCGGCAGCCACACCUCCGGCUACUUAAGGGUCUGGAAGCCUCCAAAGCCCAAGAGGAAGCCGGCGCCCCGCCCGAGGUCGGAGGAGGGCGUUCGGUCCUGGAGGACCCCUUCGGGGCUGCGGAGCCCCCGGAGGCGCCGCCGCGUGCGCUGCCGCAAGGCGGCCAGGAGGGCGCGGGAAGUUUGGAGACGCAACGCCAGGGUGAACAGCGCCCUGCGGAGGCUGAGGCCGAGAGUCCGGGGCCAGGUGCGCUCCAGAGCCAAGGAGGAGGGCACGAGGGCCAAGGUGAUGGACGGGGGCAGAGGAAGGCCCGUGAAAGACAGGCCUCGGUCCCGAGAGAAGAGGCCCAGGGAGGAGAAGAAGCAGGAGCCCGGGAAGGCGGGAAGGCGGACCGUCCCGAGGUCAGCUUCGGUUAGAACGGGCCCAAGGGCUGCUCGCUCAGACUGCCGCAGCAUCUGA